AAAUGAUGUAUCAUGCGCCUCAUGCACAUCAUGCUGAUUAUGCGUGAAACGGAACGCAGUCAGAAUCGUACAGAUAAGAUAAGCGUGCGUCACAUUGUGUUAUAAAAAUUUUAUACAGUGGGGAGAAGUGCUAUCUCAUUUAUAGAACCUCAAGCUUCAAGAUUAUUCAGUCAAAAAGUAAACCAGCAAGGUAGCAAUCAUGACUGAAACUGUGGAACAAAUUUUAGAGCAAUAUAUACCACAAAACAAAUUGACUGAAGUAAAACGUAUUUUAUAUGGGCAUUCAUCUACUCCAUUAGGUAUAGAAUAUGAAGAUAAAAAUUUUGAAGUAAAAGGAUGGCAGAUGCUUAGUCGAGUCCAUGAAGAGCUUCGUGCUCCACGUCUAAUUCGCGUUGGACUGAUUCAACAUAGCAUAGUAGCACCGACAACAGAUUCUAUUCAAAAUCAACGAGAUGCAAUAUAUAACAAAGUUAAAUCAUAUAUUGUACAAGCAGCUCAAUACAACGUUAACAUUUUAUGUCUUCAAGAAGCAUGGCCUAUGCCGUUCGCUUUUUGCACGAGGGAAAAGUAUCCGUGGUGCGAGUUUGCCGAGGAUGCUGAAACAGGACCUACCACUGUGUUUCUGUCUGAGCUCGCUAAGAAAUACAAUAUGGUAAUAGUAUCACCGAUUUUAGAGAGAGAUUCUGUUGACGGUGAUACUAUCUGGAACACCUCCGUGGUGAUCAAUAUAGAUGGUACAGUCCUUGGGAAACAUAGAAAGAAUCAUAUUCCUCGUAUCGGAGAUUUUAACGAAUCUACCUACUACAUGGAAGGCAACACAGGGCAUCCAGUAUUCGAUACUCCCUUUGCACGCAUCGCGAUUAAUAUAUGUUAUGGACGUCAUCAUCCAUUGAACUGGUUGAUGUUUGGUUUAAAUGGGGCGGAAAUCGUUUUUAAUCCAUCUGCAACUAUUCAAGGAUUAUCGGAACAUUUAUGGCCAAUCGAAGCAAGAUGCGCCGCGAUAGCAAAUAGUUAUUACACUUGUGCUAUCAAUCGCGUAGGAACUGAGAAUUUUGCAAAUGAAUUUACUUCUGGUGAUGGGAAACCAGCGCAUAACGACUUUGGAUUCUUUUAUGGAUCUAGUUAUAUUACUGCCCCUGAUGGCUCGCGAACUCCAAGUCUAAAUCGGCACAAAGAUGGACUUCUCGUUGGAGAAUUGGACCUCAAUAUGUGUCGACAUGUGAAAGAUAUUUGGGGAUUUAGGAUGACACAACGGCUCGACAUGUAUGCUAAAGAACUUGCUGAAUAUGUUUCAAAGCGGGAUGGUAAACAAGAUUAAAAAC